AAAAGGUUGGUUACUGUCUAUACUGUGGAGACAAGUUUUAUCUGACGCCGUGCAUUCCACGGAUUAAAGUUAAUGUAAAAUUUAGUAAAAUGCUUAAAGCAAUUAACACUUCACAAACUUUCGCACAGCUAGUUGAGACAAAGUGUGCUGAAAUAUUCUUUCGCAAAGAGAAUUGCUUCACGAUAAUCUGCUCGUAUUGCGAACUGAAGACUUUUAAUUUUGAAGAGUAUUUAUUGCAUUUCAAAAAUGCACAUCUCGCAUCAGAGAAAACUUCAAACAGUGAAUCUUUUGAGGAUGCAGUUGAGAUAAAAAUUGAAAAUUUCGAUGAAGAGCCGAAAAGUACACCAGAAGGAUGUAAGGAAUUAGAUUCCCACGCAGAAUUCGAGUCUUUAACUUCUAACUCGCCUAUUGAUGUCAACGUUAAAAAAGAGGUCGAUAUUUUGGAAGCCGAUAAUGAGUGGCAAAGUGAUAGGGAAACUGAUUACAGUAGUGACGAGCAAAGCGAUCAGGAUCCAGAGUUUGUUCCAAGGAUAUUGCAUAGCGAACCAAGGAAAAGCAACAAUCCAACCGAGUACACUUGUAAAGAAUGCAGUAAAAGCUAUAAAUUUGCUAAGAAUUUGGACCGUCAUAUAAAAAAAUGCCACUGUAAUGAUCCUGAAUAUUGUUGCGUACGGUGUAAGCAGAGCUUUAGCGAUGAGCGGUCGUUGAACGAACACCAGCGCAAAAGGCAUGCCGGUUUUCCCUGCGAAGAAUGCGACAAAGUCUAUUCGAGUAAAGAAGGUUUGACCAUUCAUCGAUAUAACCAUACAGGGGUGCGUAGUUUCCAUUGUACGAAGGAAGAUUGCGGCAAGUCUUUUUUUAAUCCAAAACAGCUAUCUAUGCACACUCGUUAUGUUCAUAAAUUGGAAAAAAAUUUUGUUUGCGAAGUAUGUGGAUACCGUACUAAGGGGCAGCCCUCACUGAUCGUACACAAACGAACACACACUGGAGAAAAACCAUUUAUUUGCAAAUUAUGUGGCAAAGGUUUUGCUUCAAAGUCAUUGUUGUAUGAACAUGAGCCUUCGCAUUCGACUGAGCGACCACACGUAUGCGAUGUCUGCGGAAGGGCCUUUGCACGACCCAAAGCUCUCUAUCAUCAUAAACAUCUACAUCUGGACGUAAAGAAAUUCAAAUGCACGCUCUGUGGACGCGCAUAUGCCCAAAUGGCUGGUUUGGCAGGUCAUAUGCGGCAGCAUAAAACGGAAAAGUCUGUAGAGCUCUACCCAGAAAUCCACCGGGCAACGGUAAAGCUCCGCUCAGAAUUGCAGCGGACGUCGGUAAAGCGCUGUCAAAAUUACGAAUUCUGUAAUCAUUUCCACAACCAUUACGAGACUUUCAUAAAUGCUUGGGUAGAUAAAGAGGAAUCCAUAAUUAACAGUGAUAGUGAAAUUAUCGAAAAUUUCGAUGGAAAACGCGAUCCAUUGAAAUUGGAGGUACGAGAUGGUACUAAAGGUUCCGAAGAGGAUUUAAAUAUUCUUCAAUUUGAAAACAAAGAAGCAAGCAAAGAAGGUGGUGUAAAUGAAGUGUCCAAUUAUGAUGAGACGGUUUCCAUCCAUGGUUUCGAUAGGCAUCAAACAGAGCCCGCAUCCGAUGCACCGGACACAGAAUUAUUUAGAACCACAAUAAAAUUAGAGAGUACUGACGUCAGCUGCAAAGGAUCUACGAAUAUGGUAAACACGAGUACAAAGGUUUCCCCAAACGAUAAAUGUACUUCUGAAGAAGACGAAAAUUCCACCAACGAUUUAAAUGCUCAAGUAGGUUUAGAGAAGAUUGAAGAAAAUCUAGUUGAAUAUAUCGAUUGGUCUAAAUCUUACGAACCAAAUUUAUUGAAAAACAGUGACAAACGUCGUUAUAAAGCUCGCAACACCCCAAACAAAUGUACGUAUUGUGGAAAGACCUUUCGGCGCCGUCUACAAUUGGAUACGCAUCUAAAUAUACACACGGGCUCUAAGCCGCACCAGUGUGAGAUAUGUGGCCGUUUGUUUCGUGCAGUUACAACCCUCGCACGCCAUCUGAACACCCAUGAAGAUCGCCAAGUUUUCAAUUGCAAGUUUUGUGCGAAAUCCUUCUCACGCCGGGCUGCAUUGCUAAGCCAUGAACUGAGACACACACAGCAGCGACGUGUACCCUGCGAUGAGUGUGAAAAACUUUUUUAUACCGUUAAUCAAAUGGAUACACAUAAACGAAAAGUUCAUAAUAAAGUGGAUGACGCUUCCUUGCCCUUUCAAUGCAAUUUAUGUACGAAACGCUACCGUAGUGCUUCCAUGCUGAGCACCCACAAGUUCAAAAAGCAUUACAAAACUGCAAAACUAACUUGUGAACAAUGCGGAAAAAAGUUCGUCAACGAUCAGCAGUUGGAGACAAUAAUGAAUUCGAGUGAUGGGCAAAUCCUUGAAGAUUUCGAAGUCGUUGAGGACAUAAGGGAAGAUGACUCAGAGGAAAGUCUGCAAGUGGACGAUGUUCAUGAACACAUCAACGAUGACAGCAAGGAGAGCCAGCAAGAAGAAAUCAAUGCCAACGUCCUGCCUGAGAAAUCUAUUGAUGAUGUUGAGCUAAUGGAAACAGAUUCCAAAGCGGUAGUUUACGAACCAAAUGCAAAUCAGUGCGUUCUCCCCUGCGAUUUGGCUGAUUUUGAUGAAUCAAAAAUUGUUGUGGAAGAACUGGAUGAAGCGGAAGAAAUUGCAGCAGAAGUAGAAGCUGAAAUGCGUGAUGAAUUCGAGGGCGAUCAUGUAUUUCCUAAAAAAGAAAAUAGUUGCUCAGAGCAAUACUUCAGUUACCUACAAACAAAUGAUUACGGAACAGAAAAGAAAUUAAAAUCCGAACACAGAGCGGAGAUCUCUACAAUGGAUUUGAAUAGAACUGAAGCUACCCAUGACACACAGUGGAAAACCUCCAGUAAAAAGAAGAAACGUGUAACUACAGUAAAAGUUAUUGCGCUAAAAAAUCGGGUUGCAGAACUCUAUGAACGCAUUAAACUAGAGGAGGAACGGCGUUCUCGCCUCAGUGGCACAAAUCGUGAAUCAUCUAAUGGAGACAACGCAGAGAGUGUAGAACAAGAUUGUACGAUUGGUGCAGAAGCUCACACUUCGUUGCUACCAGAAUCAGAGCCGGUAAGACAAAUAAUUGGCGAAACUGUCAUAACCCUUCUGCCACCAACGCUUCCUAAAGUCGACUUAGCGAAAUUUGCGGGCACCACAUCGCCCCUACAAACUCAAAUGAAUAAACGUGAGAGCCCUGUUGAUAAAACUACUUGUCCGGCUUGCGGUAGAAAAUUCCGAAGUGCUUUUAGUCUUACAAUUCAUAAAAGAACGCAUUACUUGGAGUCGGAUAGUAAUAUUAAGUUGGCACACAAGUGCUCCGAUUGUGAUCAACUAUUUAAUAAAAUUCUCGAUUUAAAAGACCACAUACAACAAGUGCACUAUCCAGAGGGAUUUAUCUGCAAAAUAUGUAAUAGGAAACUUACAAGUCUUACGCUACUUGAGACCCACAUGAGAAAAGUACAUCUAUCAAGGCCAUUCAAUUGCGAAAUUUGUCGGAAAAAUUUCGACACGCCAGAUCGUUUCGAGGAACAUGUUAAGGCGCAUGUAUCUGGCCAGCCUUACCGGUGUCACAUAUGUGGUCGCAAAUACAGUACGGAAUGCAUACUAAAACAACAUUUACGAAGACACAAGGAGCAAAUACCCCAAUGCUGUGUCGUAUGUGGUAAGAUGACAUUACGUAUAACACAACAUAUGAAAAUACAUGCGCCUCGGCCAAAAAGGGUGCUAAGUUGUAAAGCAUGCGGUAAAGUUUUCAAUUUUAGCUCAGGCUUAAGUCACCACUACAAAGUAAUGCACAAGUUUCCAAAGGCAACUUCAAAAUUAAAACGAGAUCGUCUUGGUCAAAUGUCAAGAAGUCAUGAAGAAGUUAAGCCGGAGACACUAGAGAGUUCCGUGGAAGCACUUGAGGAUGUCCGAAUUGUAGAUAAAAAGGAUACUAAUGAGGAGAUCAAUCGAAAAGAGGAAGAAGCGAAGAGGGUCAUUGUUGAACUUAUACAAAAUGCAACAUACACAUCAUUUUUCCCUGAAAGUUUUAACAGUUCUAUGGACUCUGGCCCACCCAUAGCUCGAGAAGAAACGAUAUCAGCUGUAAAUAGCAUAUUUGGCAACUCUUAUCCGCUUGUCAAAAAUGUCAUUUGGAUUUCAAUUGGUUUCUGUGAGUGUUGUUUUAUAUCAACAAAAAUGCAUCCAGAUCUUACUGAACGCAUAUUGCAACAUUUGGAAGGCAAUGACAAAGUCAGCACCAUUGAUUUGGCCACAUUGUUUGGCGUAGACCACCAAAAAAUUGUUGGUGCCUUAAAAAGCAUUGAAGCUCACGGCGAUUUGAUAAUCGCCGAACCAGCCUCAACAAAAAGUUUGGAGUUGACAGAAGAGGGUCAAAUUGUAAUGACAAAUGGCAGUCACGAAGCAAUACUGUAUGGAACUGUCCCUGUGGAAGGCAUUUCCCAAGAGGAACUUAUGAAGAGUGGCCCUAAUGCGAAAAUUGGCUAUAGCAAAGCCAUGGCACUUGGUUGGAUCCAUUUGGACAAAUCAGUCAGCCCACCACUUGUCAAAAGGAAAGUGGAAAAAAUCGAAGAUACAGUAAAAAAAUCUCUUGAAGAGAUUUCAAAAAAUCAAACGGAUCUUCCACCUCAUGUAAUCAAAGAAUUUAAAAAACGCAAGUUGUUGCAAGAAAUCACGACGAAAAGUUUCAUUUUGAGUAAGGGUAGCGAAUUUGCAACAACUUUAACGAAAAUGGAAACAGAUCUCACAGUUGACAUGCUUGCGAACGGCUUAUGGAAGGACCUUAAAUUCAAAUCGUACAAUUUUGAUGCAUUGGGCUCUGCACCUGUGAGAGGUCAUUUGCACCCACUACAAAAAGUACGCUCAGAGUUCCGGCAGAUAUUCUUAGAAAUGGGUUUUUCGGAAAUGCCUACAAAUAACUACAUAGAGUCUUCAUUCUGGAAUUUCGAUGCACUAUUUGUACCACAACAACAUCCUGCUCGCGACGCUCAGGACACCUUCUUUAUUAGUCAUCCGGCAAAGAGUUAUAAAUUUCCGCAAGAAUAUAUGCAACGCGUACAGGAAGUACAUUCACGUGGCGGUUACGGUUCGACUGGCUAUGGCUAUGAUUGGAAAUUAGAAGAAGCACAACGUAACACAUUGCGUACACACACAACAGCGGUGAGUGCACGAAUGCUAUAUAAGUUGGCCAGUCAGCCGGAGGGGUUUCGCCCAGUAAAAUAUUUUAGUAUUGAUAAAGUAUUCCGAAAUGAAACAUUGGAUGCCACACAUUUGGCGGAAUUCCAUCAAGUGGAGGGCGUGGUAGCGGACGUUGGACUAACGCUCGGGGAUUUAAUUGGUACACUUUACGAAUUUUUCCGCAAACUUGGUAUUGAAAAGUUAGAGUUCAAACCAGCCUACAAUCCGUACACCGAACCAAGCAUGGAAAUUUUCUGCUUCCAUCCAGGACUUAACAAAUGGAUCGAAGUGGGAAAUUCGGGUGUUUUCAGGCCAGAGCUUCUGCUACCAAUGGGCUUACCUGAAAAUGUAAAUGUUAUUGCUUGGGGUCUAUCGUUGGAGCGACCGACUAUGAUAAAAUAUGGAAUCAAUAAUAUACGCGAUUUGAUCGGGCCUAAAGUCGAUUUGAAAAUGGUAGAAGAAGGACCGAUCUGUCGUUUAGAUAAAUAAAAUUUUUAUAAAUCGGGACUUGUUUCAAGGGAUUUGAAUUAAAAUAUUGUUUGCCUUUCCAAAUAAAAUUUUAAUUAACAUUAA